GUGCCUUCAUACUAGUAAUAAAUAUAAACCCUAGUCUCAGGCCCUCGGCGUUCACUCCCUGUGGGAUUCUAGGGUUUCUGUUCCUCGGAUAGCUUGGGCAAGCAGGGUCAGAGAUCACCGGGGCGAGCCAAGCACCUUAACGCUCCUUCAGCCAUGGGUCGCAUGCACAGCCGAGGCAAGGGCAUAUCAGCAUCAGCUCUGCCAUACAAGAGGACUCCACCUACAUGGCUGAAGAUCUCGGCCCAGGAUGUUGAGGACAAUAUUUGCAAGUUUGCAAAGAAGGGUUUGGCUCCAUCUCAAAUUGGUGUUAUUCUUCGGGACUCUCAUGGGAUUGCUCAAGUCAAGAGCGUUACUGGGAGCAAGAUUUUGCGUAUUCUUAAGGCCCAUGGACUUGCUCCUGAAAUACCUGAGGAUUUGUAUCACCUCAUUAAAAAGGCUGUUGCGAUCAGGAAGCAUCUUGAGAGGAACAGGAAAGAUAAGGACUCCAAGUUCAGGUUGAUCUUGGUUGAAAGUAGGAUCCACCGUCUUGCUCGCUACUACAAGAGGACUAAGAAGCUUCCGGCUGUCUGGAAGUACGAAUCCACUACUGCCAGCACCCUCGUGGCUUAGGCAAAUAUACGUUGGAUAACUACUUUGUUGUGUCAUGGAAGUAACUUUUUGAUAGUUCAGGUCGUAGAGAGUUUUCAUUUCUGGUGUCUUAUUCAUGAAUAUUAAGCUGUGGGAGCUUGAGGUAUUGACCUAAUUUGUUUUCUGCAUCGAGUGUCAUGUUUAACCCUGCAGUAGAAAUUUUAUUUUGAUUCAAGUGAUCUGGUAAGACGUCUGGAAAAUUGCAGACGAAGACAAUUAAAACUUUCCUGCAUUUUUUAGCA